CGCACAAACCCUACAACAGCGUGGUGACGUCGAUCCGUCCUCCUUUCCUCUACUACCGGCGAGAAUGAAGACCAUUCUCAGCGGCCAGACUGUCGACAUCCCCGACAAUGUCGAGGUGAGGCUAAAGGGACGGACAGUGUCUGUCAAAGGUCCCCGUGGCAAACUGGUCAGGGAGUUCAACCACAUCAACUUGGAGCUUAGUCUGCUCGGCAAGAAAAACAAGAAGCUGCGUGUUGAGAAAUGGUGGGGUAACAGGAAGGAACUGGCCACAGUCCGCACCAUCUGCAGCCAUGUUCAGAACAUGAUCAAAGGAGUGACUCUGGGCUUCCGCUACAAAAUGCGCUCCGUGUAUGCCCAUUUCCCCAUCAACGUCGUCAUCCAGGAGGCUGGAUCUAUGGUGGAGAUCAGGAACUUCUUGGGAGAGAAGUACAUCCGCAAAGUCAGGAUGAGGUCUGGUGUGGUGUGUGCGGUCUCUGCUUCACAGAAGGAUGAGCUUGUGCUGGAGGGUAACGAUAUUGAGCUGGUGUCAAACUCAGCUGCUCUGAUCCAGCAGGCCACCACAGUCAAAAAUAAGGACAUCAGAAAAUUCUUGGAUGGCAUCUAUGUGUCUGAGAAGGGAACAGUAGUGGAACCGGAGUUGUAGAGCUUGGAUCCAGCAGGCCACCACUCAGAAAAAGAGGUCAAUGUCUGGACACAUCUUUGUCAGCCAGAACAUCGCUGUGGUGGAGAUGCUGCUGAAUACGUUCAUGUCCUGAUUUGACCAAUAAAAUAUCUGCUUUUCCAGUCAA